AUGACGGACCAUGAGCAAGCGACAACCUCAACGGCAUCUCAGCCUUCUCAGGAGGUUAAAGUGGUGCAAAUUCCGGUGAAUUUGCCAAUGCCACCUCAGCUGGCCAUGACCGGUAACCUGGCAACGAAUUGGAAAAGGUUUUAUCGUGCUUGGCGCAACUACGAACUUGCCGCACGGCUGCGGGACUCUAGUGACCCUAGUACAAACAAAGAGCUGCGAACAGCGACUUUGUUGACGUGCAUUGGAGCUGAUGCUCUGGAUGUCUUGGACGGUUUGGAUUUCGCGAAUGAAGAAGAGAGAAAAGACAUCGAUGUUGUUGUAAGUAAGUUGGAAAAGUAUUGUAUUGGAGAAACAAAUGAGACGUACGAACGGUACUGUUUUAAUAAAAGAGAUCAAGAGUCACACGAAACGGUCGAUGCUUACUUCGCAGUCCUUCGCACAUUAGCCAAGACAUGUAACUUUGGUAAUUUGGAAGACAGCUUGAUAAGAGAUCGUAUUGUUAUGGGUAUUAAGGACAACGCCACACGAAAGAAAUUAUUGCAAGUCUCAAAGCUUACCCUGCAACAAAGCAUAGAUAUAGUUCGGUCUUGGGAGAAGACGGCGAAGCAACUCGAGUCGAUGAAAGCUGAAGAUGAGAAAGUGUUGGCUGUUAGCAAAGAACAGCACAAAGAGCAGAGGAAGCCAGUUGAGAAAAGAGCUGACGAAGGGCUAAUAAGGUGUAAAUUUUGCAGUAAAUCUCAUCUCAGAGAUAAAUUCAAAUGCCCAGCUUGGGGCAAAACAUGCUCACAGUGUAAAAGAAAGAACCACUUCGCAGUCGUCUGCAAUGCUCAGAGAAGACCAUUGACCAAAAGAGAGCCAGUAUCCGGCAUCAAUACGGAUACAGACUCGUCAGAAGGAGAGUAUAUAGCUCUGGUGGAGACCAAAGAAGAGGUGGGUGCUGUUAACUCUGAUCAAUACACCCACAAACCAAGUGCCUCCUUGAUGAUUAACAGAACACUUGAAAGUUUCCAGCUUGACAGUGGAGCAGCAGUAAACGUACUAUCUAAAAGAACACUGGCAGGGUGUUUCCAAAAGCCUAUCGAGAAGAAGUUGGUGAAGACAAACACAACUCUGGUAAUGUAUAAUGGGUCAGAAGUGAAGCCUAUUGGAAAGACAAGGCUCCAAGUUAUCAAUCCUAAGAAUAACAAGAAGUACAGCAUAGAGUUUAUGGUUGUGGAAGAGAAUUGCAAGUCCAUACUUGGGGCUAAAGCCAGUCAGCUCAUGAACUUACUUGUUGUUAACAAAGAGAACAUUUUUACAACUACGCCGAGCGUCAAAGAUGCACCCAAGUUUAUCACCAAAAAGUAUCUCAUUAAGGAGUAUCCAGAACUGUUCCAAGGUCAAGGAACUUUACCAGGGGAACUGCAUCUAGAGAUUGAUGAAACUAUUUCCCCAGUCCAGCUCCCAACACGAAGGAUUCCACUGGCUGUAAAAGACAAACUCAAAGCAGAGCUUGACCGACUAGUUGACACGAAUGUCAUAGCUCCAGUGGAUACGCCGACGACCUGGAUAUCGGCUAUUGUUGUUACAGUCAAGAAGAAUGGGGACAUCCGUUUGUGUAUUGACCCCAAACCAUUAAAUAAAGCCCUCAAGCGUAACCAUUACCCUUCACCCACCAUUGAUGAGAUCCUACCGGAUUUGGCCCACGCUCGCUGUUUCUCAGUCCUUGAUGCCAAGAACGGGUUUUGGCAUAUCCAGCUGGAUGAGGCCAGUUCAUAUGCAACAACCUUUGGCACUCCAUGGGGUCGGUAUCGGUGGUUGCGAAUGCCCUUCGGCAUAUCACCCGCACCUGAAGAGUUUCAACGACGUGUGAACGAUAUCUUGUUGGGUCUACCUGGAGUCAAAGUCAUCGCAGAUGACCUUCUUGUUUAUGGCAGUGGUGCAACAGAUGAAGAGGCAUAUCUCGACCAUGACAAGAACCUCAGGGGUUUGAUGGAACGGUGUAGAGAGAAGGGUCUCAAGCUGAACCCUGACAAGAUUCAACUUCGACUCGAAGAGGUUAGCUACAUGGGCCAUCGUCUGACAUCGAAUGGACUGAAGAUCGACCCCGAGAAGACGAAGGCCAUCAGAGACAUGCCUGCCCCCACAGACAAGUUGGGAGUACAGAGAUUGCUUGGCAUGGUGAACUAUGUGCAAAAGUUCGCCCCUAAGUUAGCUGAGAUCACUACACCUCUACGUGAUCUGAUCAAGCACGGACAUGAAUUCCGGUGGGAGAAGCAUGUGCAUGGGAAAGCGUUGGAGGAAAUCCGACAGAUGCUCUCAGAACCACCAGUGCUACGGUUCUUCGACCCUGAUGUAAUGCCAGUCCUGCAGUGUGAUGCAUCCAUGAAUGGUCUUGGGGCCUGCCUGUUACAGAACAACCAACCAGUGGCAUAUGCGUCAAGGUCGUUAACACCAACCGAAGUACAGUACGCUCAGAUAGAGAAGGAGAUGCUGGCCAUCGUGUAUGGGAUGGAGAGAUUUGAAAGUUAUCUGUAUGGUCGACACGUAAAAGUAGAAUCAGAUCAUAAACCACUUGAGUCAAUCCUAAAAAAAAGCCUACUAAGUGCACCAAAGCGCCUACAACGUAUGAUGCUACGACUCCAGAAGUUUGAGCUCGAAGUCGUGUACAAGAAGGGACCACUUAUGUUUAUGGCAGAUACGCUAAGUCGAGCAACUUCCCACCAGCCAAAUGUCGAAGGACCAGGAGAGACCGAGGAAGUGAUGAUCAUGCAGGACACAAGAUCAAUAACGGAAAGAGAAGUAGAGCAAAUUGACAUGCUGCAGAAUCUAGCAGUAAGAGAAACUACUCUAGCCCAAAUUAAAGAGCACACAGCGGCAGACAGCAACCUGCAGGCACUGGUGAGAAUUGUGAAAGAAGGGUGGCCAAACACAGAGAAUGAGGUGUCUCCAGCAUUACGAGUGUAUUACCCGUUUCGCGACGAGUUGACCGUACAAAAUGGAGUUAUCUUUAAAGGCGAGAGAUUGAUUGUGCCAGAAGGAUUGAGAGCUGAAAUGCAAGAGAAACUUCACUACAACCAUGGUGGGGUACAGGCUACACUCAGAAGAGCCAGGGAAGUAUUCUAUUGGCCAGGAAUGAACAAAAACAUUGAGGAUCUCAUCGCAAAGUGCAAUAUUUGUGCGCAGUACCGAACAAUAAACCAGAAAGAACCUCUUAUGAGUUCUCCAGUCCCAACGCGUCCAUGGGAGUCGAUUGCAACAGACUUGUUUGAGUUUGGAAACAAAGAUUAUCUUGUUACAGUAGAUUACUACUCUAACUUUAUAGAGGUGGAUAGACUGUACUCGAAGACCAGCACUGAAGUAAUCCACAAAUUAAAGGCACACAUGGCACGGUACGGGAUACCGGAGAGGGUAGUCAGUGACAACGGUCCUCAAUACAGUUCCCGCGAGUUUCAGGAUUUUGCCACACGAUAUGAAUUCGAGCAUGUGACCUCGUCGCCUCGAUAUCCUCAAUCGAAUGGGAAAGCGGAAAGUGCUGUGAAGAUAGCAAAGCGAAUUAUGAAGAAAGCGUUGGAUGCGAAAGCAGAUCCGUACCUGGCAAUACUAGAACACCGGAACACGCCAUCGGAAGGUAUGACUACCUCGCCCGCCCAACGAUUGUUUGGCAGGAGAACAAGAUCCCAAAUUCCAAUCUCGCGCCAACUGCUUGAGCCCACCUGUACGCAUUCAACAAAGCAAGAGCUGAAAAAGGCAAGAGCUAAACAAGCCUACUAUUACAAUAGAGGAUCCAAGAAGCUUACACCACUCAAGGUCGGUGAUGCGGUUCGUAUGAUGCCCGAGAAAGGAAAGGAUAGGUGGAGGAAAGGGACGGUGAAAGCGAUUGUUAGUCCAAGGUCGUAUAUUGUGGCAACUGAUGAUGGAGGAAACUAUAGAAGAAAUCGCAGGCAUAUCCGGAAAACUGCAGAGCUAGGCGAUUCAGAAGCAGAUGUAGACGGAGAGUUGCCAGUGCAAGAGCAGAAUACACCAGGCCAGCAGCAGGAGCCUGAAUCUGAAGAACCAAUUCCUCAGCCACCUGUAGAGCACACCACUCCCAGGAGCACAGUGAGAACAUCAAAUAGACAAACACGUAGACCGGCAUAUCUUGAAGACUACGUGACUGAAAACUAA